UUCACUCAGCCAACUGCUCGCUCACUCACCUCCCUCCUUGGCACCAUGAGCACCUGCAGCCGCCAGUUCACCUCCUCCAGCUCCAUGAAGGGCUCCUGCGGCAUCGGGAGCGGCAUCGGGGGCGGCUCCAGCCGCAUCUCCUCCAUCCUGGCCGGAGGGUCCUGCCGCGCCCCCAGCACCUACAGGGGUGACCUGUCUGUCUCCUCCUCCUGCUUCUCCUCGGGGGGAGCCUACAGGCUGGGGGUCGGCUAUGGCGAUGGCUUCAGCAGCAGCAGCAGCUUCGGUAGUGGCUUUGUGGGAGGAUAUGGUGGUGGCCUUGGUGCUGGCUUCGGUGGUGGCUUGGGUGGUGGCUUUGCUGGUGGUGAUGGGUUUCUGGUGGGCAGUGAGAAGGUGACCAUGCAGAACCUCAACGACAGCCUGGUCUCCUACCUGGACAAGGUGCAUGCCCUGGAGGAGGCCAACGCUGACCUGGAGGUGAAGAUCCAUGACUGGUACCAGUGGCAGCGGCCUGCUGAGAUCAAAGACUACAGUCCCUACUUCAAGACCAUCGAGGAUCUGAGGAACAAGGCGGGUGAAUGGGCAGCAGAAGGUGCCAUUCCAGCUAGCUCCUUCUGGGAACAAUAG